AUGCACAUGGCCACCGCUAGCAUGGGUCUUCCUUUGAGUGAUUUGCAUUCACAGUUGGCCGCCCUCACCCUGCAGAUCCCAUCGUAUCCGUCGGAGCCACCCGCACGACCUGAUCGAGCGCUAAGCCGAUCAAGUAUCCUCGACGAGACCGUUCCAACACAGGCCUACAAUCCGAUGUUUGGAGCGGAAAAGUUGUUUGCUGGUUUCCAACGACCACAAGCGACGACUCCACAGAACAACUUCGGCUAUUCUUGCAACAGCCAUUCUUCGACGGGAAUCAUUCCAUCACGCUACAACCGCGCUGAAGACACACUGCCUUUGCUGCUUGCCGGUGGCAGCAAUGUUUUCUUCAAACCGCCGGUAACAUCGUGUGCUCCCCAAACUUGCCUUUCUACCAAUGCCAGUCUGUGUUCGAAUGAAAGUGUAUCCAGUGCUGGAUCGCCUCCAAAUACAUGCGCACUCCGAACCCCUCGUGGGAACUGCGGAAUCGCUGAGGUUAACGCAAGGCAUAUGGUACGCAUUGUUCAUCCCGCAAGUCAAAUACGCCUUAACAGCCCUGAAUGUCUUGUGCUCAUUUUAGCACCCCAUGGAGCAGCUGUAGACACGAAAUCUCCGAUUCCCGCCCGUAAAAUACUUGGCACACCGUCAAGGACGCCCUCGCAAUUCAGUAACGAUGUGGAAGUUUUCGCAAGGAAAGUAUUCGUUGGUGGUUUGCCAAUCGACGUCACCGAAGAAGAAAUCUGGCAGACCUUUUCUGUGUUUGGGAAUGUGCUCGUGGAUUGGCCGCGGCGACCGGAUGGCACCAGUGCUCGUGAUGAUGAGUCUGGCAGAGGAUCUCGUUCCAUGACCGGAUACGUCUUUCUCGUGUUUGAGGAGGAAAGUUCGGUACAAUAUCUUGUGAGCGAAUGCCACAAAGAAGAUGACAGAUACUACCUGUUUGUUUCGUCACCAACGAUGCGAGAUAAGCCGGUGCAGGUCAGACCAUGGCGAUUGGCCGAUAUGGAUUUCAUUUCGAAUCCACGCACGAUCAUGGACCCUCGCAGAACCGUGUUCAUCGGCGGGGUGCCCCGUCCUACCAGAGCAAGUGAGUUGGCCGAAUGUCUCGAGCGCCUCUACGGUCCAGUGUGCUACGUGGGAAUCGACAUCGAUCCAGAGCUCAAGUAUCCCAAAGGUGCAGCACGAGUCACAUUCGUCACAACUCAGGCAUUCAUUGCGGCAAUCAACGGGCGCUUCGUGCACGUACAUCACGGAGAUUCACAGAAAAGAGUUGAAAUCAAACCAUACGUCAUGGAUGAGCAGAUGUGCGACCAUUGCGAAGGCAAACAGUGCUCGUCGCGUUAUGCUCCUUAUUUUUGCGGAGAUGUCGAUUGCUUGCAGUACUACUGUGAGUUCUGCUGGGAUCGUGUUCACUACCGCACUGGAUCGAGACGUAUGGAACAUCGUCCACUCGUUCGUAUGGGAGACCAAACUAAGGUUCUUCCUCGUCCCCCUCAUCAUAGCAACAGAACCACAAGGGGCUUUGGCGGACCC